AUGACCUCGUUGAUUAUUGACUCUGAGCAGCGGAAGCUGUUGCAGAGCUUCACUCCUCCUGCCUCCCAGCCAGGCACGGCAUCUUUGCAUGAAAAAGAGGCGCAUUCGGCUCUUGGAAAAUCUAGGGACACAGCGAUUUGUAUUCUCUCUGAUGUAGAGUCUGAUACUGAAGAUGAAGACGAUGCGAGUCAAGAACUCGAUGGUUCGCAAUCUUAUGCAACACGUACCAGUACCCCGGAUUAUCUGGGUAAGUCAUCGGGGCUAUGGGGCUCUUGUUGGGUGAAAGGUUCUGACAACCGACGUGUAGAUCUGACUGCCACCGAAUAUGGCGCAACUGAGUCAGAAACUACCAUUGGCGCGAACACUGCGUCAGCAGUAUCCCCGCCUCAAGCGGAUGCCGCCCCAGCUUGGCCGAAUGAGCCAAAUAAGUCUCACCUCGCUGAUGCUGGACUGAGCCAACAAUCUUGUGGGAUGAAUCACUUACUGGUCGGAGACACGUCCACUGAGUGUCAAAAUAUCAAUUUUGCAACACCUCCUACCAGCCCUGAAAGCCAACCAUACCCAGUUGCGGCAGACGGGAAACAGCUCCGACCCGAACCAGCCAGUCAACAGAGCAACAUGAUGGUCGAUGCUGUCUCUGACCAUGACGUUUGUCAUAGCUCCCAGGGCUAUCGGGAUUCCCCUUCAACUGGCGCACACUCUCCCCGGGCUGCUAGCCCCAUCGAGGUGGUCCAGGCAUCACUCCAGGAAAACGAAAUACCCGCCGGCAAGUCGUGCGACGAUGCCAUUCCUGAAGUCCGCACCCCAUCUCCCGCAAAAUCCUCUGUUGAACCGUGUCAAGGACAAGCCUUGGUUGAUGCAAGCAGCGCGUCCACCCAUGUCGAGUCCGAAGCUACGGAGGCUGGGUCCGGGUCCGAUGCCGAAGUGUCUUCCACGUCGCCGUCACUUCGUCGUUUCCGCCACAAAUCCUCGCCGUUGCACAAAGCCAUGCUGUCUAAGGACGGUGACACAGGCAGUGACGGUUCAGGGAACGAGAACGGUCUUGACGGGCUAGGAUCUCAACAUAGUGAAGGGAACUCUUCUUCUCUUCUAGAUGUUGAAAAUUCCGGCUCGGAAGACGAUGAUUUAGAUGAUGUUCACCAGGGUCGCAAGCGCCGCAAGAUCUCGAAAUCCACUUCCUGUUCGGUCCGCAACACAGCCGCCAGUUUUCGAAGCUCUCGCAAAAGACAAUCGGCAACACAUACCGCGCAGUUACCUAGCGAUAUCCGAACACCAGAGGCAACGCCAGCCCCGUCCGAAGCUAGCAUGUUUCUUGCUCAGUUCGAGGAAUGGUCUCUCAAAGAUGUCUUGCUCAAGCGCAUCACUGAGGGUGACAAGACGACAUUUCAAUUACAGUUUGAAUGGGACCACGAUUCAUGUCAGCCGAAUGCUGGCAAACCCAUAUUGCAUCUCAAGAACCGCAGGAGGCUGCUCAAGACUCUGCACUCGCCUACAAAAUCAUCUGGCAGAAGAUGGACGUCAGAAGAGGACAAAACUGUACGCAGGAUGAGACAAGAUGGCAAACCUUGGGACGACAUCCAGCGCGCCCUUCCACACCGUUCUGUGGGCACGAUCCAAGUCCGGUACUCGACCAAACUCAGAGACUGA